GCGAUGGCGGAAACGACGCCGCUGGUCCGCGGACCCCAAUCGAGUCUUACCGCGCAACGCCAUUCACGCAGCCUCGUCGCGGUGGCAGGCUUCGUCCUCACGAUUCUCUUUGUGGCCGUCGGCUUGGCCAUGCAGAAGAUUCCUGCGUCGCCCCCAAUCCGCUCCAUGGCUGCCGACGCGGUGACGUCGCUGCCGCGCUUUGGGCCUGUCGAAGAAGUGCAGUACGCGGGCUUGGUGCCUGUCAACGCCGGCGGCGGCAACAUCUUUUACUGGUUCUUCGAGGCGCGCACGGUGUCAACCACAACGCCGCUCAUCGUGUGGCUCAACGGCGGCCCUGGUGCGUCAUCCAUGACCGGCCUCCUCACCGAGAUGGGCCCGUAUCGUAUGCAGGCCGAUGGGUCGCUCACGUCGCAUCCGCACAGCUGGACCAACGUCGCGCACAUGCUCUUCUUUGACCAGCCCGUGGGCACGGGCUACACGAGCGCGACGUCCGAGGCCGGCUACGUCAACUCGCAAGAAGAAAUGGCGGCGCAGCUCUACUUGGCGCUGCAGGCGUUCUUUAUCUUGCAUCCCGAGUACGCGGCCAGCCCGAUGAUCAUUGCCGGCGAGUCGUAUGCUGGCAAGUACGUGCCGCACAUUGCGCACUACAUUCACACGAUCAACCGCAACGACUCCACGAUCCCCAACGUGCGCUUGAACCUUUGGGGCGUCGCGAUCGGUAACGGGGAAAUGAAGCCGCUACUUCAAACCCAGAGCGUGGCCGACUACGCGCUGGCGCUCGGCUUCAUCGACCACGAGCAGUACACAACGCACGUCGCAUCGCUCGACAAGUGUGCGCAGCUGCACCACGCAGGCCGGCCGGUCGAGGCCUUUGGCGUGUGCCAAGACACCGAAGACGAGAUUUACCGGCAAGCGGGGAGUCCGUUUGUGUACGAUAUUCGCCAAGAAGGCAAUGCAUUCACGGCACUCACGACGACCUUGUCGAGCUACUUUAACACCGACGACGUCCGCGCCGCCUUGCAUGUGCCGUUAGGAACGCCGUGGACGUCGAUCGAUGGCUCGUCGUACGGGGCCAGCCCGAACGCCCCGCCAAUCGCGCGGCACUUGCUCCAUGACGAGAUGCAGGACGUCCCGGACGACGUGCUGGAGACGCUUUUGAAUGCGUACCAUGUGCUCUUCUACGCAGGCAACAUGGACGGAUCGUCCUGCAAUCACUUGGGCGUUGCCCGCGUUCUCGACGCGCUGCACUGGGAUGGCGCGGCGUCGUACCAUAAGGCACAGCGGACGCCGUGGGUCGUCAACGGCAAGGUCGCAGGUCUCGUCAAGUCCAGUGGCCGCAUGAGCUAUGUUGUCUUGACCAACUCGGGCCACCUCGUGCCGACCGACCAGCCAGAACAUGCGCUCAACAUGAUCACACGCUUUGUGCAGCAAACGCCAUUUGCCUAGUCGACUGGAGAUGACGGUACAUGGUCGAAGUAAUGGGAUUUGGACGAA